CAGUUCCUGCCAAGAGGCCUGUGUCCAUUGCUGCAAGAUUUGAACAGCAGGUAGAUAAUGAAAAACAACCUGUUCCUGUAAAAAAAAACCACUUCCAAGAAAGUCUUCAUCUGGUUCUCCAAGGGAAGAUUCAGAGUCUGGUAGAAGUGGCACUGAAGAGGAAACAUCUCCAAAACAUGUUCCUCUGAAGCCCAGAGCCAAGCCAAGAUCUGUACCAAGUGAUAGUUCCUCUCCAGAUGAUAAGUCUCCCAGAGAUGCUCCUUCGGUUAGAGCUGCAGCUACUCCUGAAGACACACCUGCUGUUUCAAGACCUCCUCCUCCCAGAAGAACCUCUGAUAAUUCCAAUGAAGGUGUAUCCCGACCUCCCCCACCUCGUCCAUCAGGCAGACCCAUCUCCAUGAUGACAUCAAAGCCAGAAACAGCACAAGAUGAAGAUGAAUCUCCCAAGAUGCGCCCCCCAAGACCAUCAGGUAGACCAAUGUCAAUGAUAACACCAAAGAAGACUGAAGAAGUUUCUGCUAAUGUUGAGGAGGAGUCACCUAAGGGCAAACCACCACCUCGACCUUCUGGUAGACCAAUGCCUUCAAUGGGGAAGAAGAGCACAUCAGACGAGGCAUCUCAAGAAGAGGAAGAGGACUCACCCAAGGCCAAGCCCCUCCGACCUUCAGGACCUCCUCAAAGGAGACAACCAGCUGAGGAAAAGGAUGAAAAGGUGGAGAUGAGGCCAUCACGUCCCCAGGGUGGUCCACCUCGACCGAUGUCCAUGCCAGCCAAACCACCACCUCCAACAGGUGGAUCACCACAAAAAAAGAAGCUGCCAGCUAAGCCCUCACCCUCCAAGGCUGGAGCUCGGACACCAGACUUCCCUCCUCGUCCUGGACCUGACCACAUCUUGUAUCACUACACUCUGUCGGUUCCGCACGCCAUCGCCAAUUUUGAUUAUGAAGCGUCACAUGCUGACGAAAUUUCAUUUAAGGCUGAGGAGGUGGUGAUGUUGGUGCGGCGUGUUGAUGCUGACUGGCUGGUGGGGAGAGUCGGGGCCAAGGAAGGGAUGUUCCCUGCAGGUUUUGUGGACAUUGUCCAUCCCCUACAUGACGAGCUAUCUGACUUUGCUAUCAAACCGGACUUGCCCUCAUGGGACAGUCCGGUGCCCGUGAAAAAGACAACGCCAAGUGUGACAUCAGGCCCUCGUUGUGUGGCACGGUUUGACUUUGACGGCGAAGGGAAGGAUGACCUGGUGUUUGAGGAGGAUGACGUCAUCCGCCUGGUGGGAAGGGUUGGAAGUGAGUGGCUACGAGGGGAACUCGGGGACCGAGUCGGAAUAUUCCCCAUUUCCUUCGUGGAGAUUGUUGAGGACCUUCCACUGGAUGAUACAGACAGCAAGUCACAGGAUGGUCACGCGACCGCGAUGUUUGACUUCGAUGGACAAGGCGAUGAACUGAGCUUCCAGGCUGGACAGAAGAUCCAGGUAAUCAGCCAAGUCAACACAGAGUGGCUGUACGGACAGAUGGAUGGACAGUCAGGGACGUUCCCCUCGGCCUUCAUAGACUAUAUACCAUCUGACCUUCCUCCGUAUGAACCAGCCAAUCAGAUUGGAGCACAGUCACAUGAUCCUUGGUCAGCCAGUCAAAUGAUGGAUGUUACACAUGAUGUAGAUGAUUAUAACCAGCCAAUGGCAGACCCAAGUUCAACGGUUACUGACCAAUCACAUCCCUACUGCAAGGCAAGCUUUGAUUAUGGAGGAGAACAAGAUGGCGACCUGAGUUUCAAGACAGGGGAGACAAUUCAGCUGCUGGAGAAGAUCGGAGGUGACUGGUUGAGGGGGCGAUGUCAUGGCAGGGAGGGCAUGUUCCCAGCAGCCUUUGUCACCAUAGAGAAGGAUCUACCUGAGGCUGAAGGUAUUCCUCCUUGA